UCAAUUGGACGUAGGUGCAUGGAAAAUGUUUAACAGCCUCUUCUCCAAUCGAUAUAAUAAGAAACGCGAAAUUUUCUAUGCUCAAUAUGAGGAGACACGUCAGCGAUAUUCCAAUCUGCCCAUCUACAAGCGACCUAAAGAGCCUUUAAGCUGUAAGUCUCCAAAAUAUAGUCGAAGAAUAAGAAAACCCGCAGACUACGAUUACGAUGAGUGGAUUGCCGGCCAUUUUGUGUCGAUAGUGGUGCGCCGCGCCAUUGAACAGUGGAGCCGCCGUCAAUUGAUGGAACCGGUAUCCAGCCUAGGCAGCGAUGCCUGCAGCUGGCGCUCCUGGCCUAGUGGAGCAGAUCCAGCUGAGCCGAGACGUUCGCUACGUCUCGCGGAUAAACCAAAUUUAAGUCUUAACGAAAUUGGCAACCCAAGUCACAGGGAGACAAGCGGCGCAAUCAAAUGGCAACAGCAGCUGCCUUCACUUGACGCGGACAAUAAGCUGGGCAGCUCAUCCGAGACUUUUAUCGACGGGUGGGUGGCUAUCUUCGGCAUGCCGAAUAUUGAAUACCCUUAUAGAUGAGUGACUUGAAAAC